UUCUACUUACUUUUACGAUUUAAUUCUAGUUUUUGGGUUUUUAUAAUGAAUUUAAAAUUUUUAUUGCUAUUAAUUUUUCAAAUUGUGUUAAUUAAAUGUGAAGAAUCAAAUUUUGAUCAGGCAUUAAAUAUAUUUAAACCAUCAGCUACUAUACGUCUUGCAAGACCAUUAAAAACUGGUGAUGUAAUUACUGUUAAAGGAAUAUUUACAGAUAGUGGAACAGAAGCCAGUUUUGAUUUAGAAAAUGAUAAUUGUGAUUGGACAUAUCGUCAUUUAAAUGGUUGUAUUGAAUAUGAUUUAUUUGUACAAUUUCAUACAAGUAAAAUGUAUCGUAGAAUUAAUUUAAAUGGAGAAUGGAAACAUCAUCUUGAUACAUAUUAUUUACGUCCAGUAAAGGCAAGAGAUUUUAAAUAUACAUUUAAAGUGAAACCAGAUCAUUUUCAAGCUGAUUUAUUUGGUUAUGAAAUGGGACCAUUAAAUUUUACUGAACCAAUUGAAAGUUUAAGUAUGUUUCGUGUUUAUGGUCAUGCUAUUAGAAUAGAAAAUCAAAGAUUAAAUAUAGACAAAGAAAUUAUUAAGCGCCAAAGGCCAAACUAA